AUGAUAAUCGUGUUUGCAAAAAAAAAUGGCAGAGUUAUUGAGGCACAACAAUUGUUGGAUGAAAUGUCUCACAGAAACAUUAUUCCAUGGAACACUGUGAUUGCUGGGUAUCUUCACAAUAACAUGGUGGAACAAGCCAAUAAGUUGUUUGAUAUGAUUCCUGGGAGGGACAAUUUUUCGUGGGCUUUGAUGGUUACUUGCUAUACGCGUAAAGGGAAGCUUGUAAAGGAUUUGGUUUCUUAUAACUCUAUGUUAGCUGGUUAUACGCAGAAUAGGAAAUUGAGUUUGGCAAUGCGGUUCUUUAUUUCAGAUCCUAAUGCUGUUUCUUGGGUUACCAUGUUAUGUGGGUUUGCUAGACACGAAAAGAUUUUAGAGGCUAGGAAACUCUUUGACAGAAUGCCUUGUAAGAAUCUGGUUUCUUGGAAUGCGGUGAUUGCAACCUAUGUCCAAGACUUACAAAUUGAUGAAGCUGUUAAGCUGUUCAAAGAAAUGUCGUUGGCUUUAUAUUCUCUGCCAGGAGGGGCUUUUCCAGAAGCUAAGGACAAUGAUCAAGUUCUUGAAGAAAAUCAACCUACAGAGACUAAUGUUGGUUCAAUUCGUGGCCCAACACAAUUUAUGUUUGAAACCGAAGUUGAUCGUAUCUUCUCUACGCCAUUAGGUUCAACUUUGAUGUUUGCUUCUCAUGGGAACCAAAUUGGACUAGUGCACUGGCAAGAGACCCUACGGGGAUACGUUGCUGGAAUUUUAACAACACAGAGAGCCCUUAUUGUUUCGGCGUUACUUGAUUUGCUUGCAGGAACUUCUAUAAAAUUUGACAAGGGACUUCCUUCAUUUAGAUCUCUCUUGUGGGGUGGGCCUGCCCUUCUUUUCUCUGCUACUGCCAUAUGCAGUCUUGGUUGGGGCUUUGAAUGA